GGCCGCCUCUCUGCUGCUACCGACUCUAUGCUCACGGUCUCUCUCCUCGCUCAGAACCGCCAUUUUGGAGACAGAGAGCUGAGAGUCGGCUGCAGCAGAGACAGAGCAAAAACGGCGGACACGGGGGACAAGAUUUAUCACUUGAAGGACACUGAACAUUGAAAUUGUGAGUUAUGAAGUCUCACUCUCCAAAGUGAUUGCUCCUUUGGGCUCUGAACCUCUACCUAUGGCCUCAGAGCAGGAUGGCGUGGGAGACGCCACAUGCUCAAAGUUGGCCAAACCACUUCACCUGCAGUACCUUGAGCGAUCCCUCCGCCUAGACACCUUUCUAAGGCAGACUGCUGCUAUUUUUAACCACAACAUUUCCAGUGAUGACAGUGAUGAUGGUUUGGGCGAGGGAUCUUCUCUGGCCCCAUCUAACCCACUACUGGCAGUGAAAGAAGAUCACAUCAACCCGGAGGAAGAGACCAAGGAUACCUGCAGAGAUGGAGAAACGGAGUGUGGACCUCUCAACGGAGCUCUGCUGCAAGACCCCAAAGCUGACAAGGCCAGUCUGUAUAACUUCUCCAAGCUGAAGAAGAGCAGGAAAUGGCUGAAGGGCAUCUUGCUGAGCGAUGAUACCACAGAUUCAGACACAGACUCGGAUGACUCUGGCUUCACACUGACACGGGAAGAGCUGCAGGACAUGCUGCGCCUACACAAGUUCACAAAACUCCACCAGAGCAAGUUCCACUCUGACCGAGAGCUGCAGCACUAUCAACACUACAGCACAGGCCUCCUGUCCACACACGAUCCUUUCUACGAACAGCAACGCCAUCUAUUGGGCCUCAAGAAAAAGAAAAUCAAGGAAGAGAAGAAGUGUAAGGGCAAGUUAAAAAAGAUGAAAAAGAAGAAGAAACGGGGAGAGGAAUUCUCCAUGGAUGGUCGGCCACAUGUCACUAAAAUCUUUGCUAAGUUUUCCCAUGACGCACCUCUUCCCAUGACUAAAAAGAAGCACUUAACCAUUGAGCAGCUAAAUGCUCGUAGAAGAAAGGUCUGGCUCACUAUUGCAAAAAAAGAAAUCCCAAAGGCAUUUAAACAGAAAGUUUCAGCAAGGAACUUUGUUUUAACCAAUGCCAGGAAGCUGGCUCAUCAGUGUAUGCGUGAGGUUCGGAGGGCUGCGAUCCAGGCACAAAAGAACUGUAAAGAGACAUUGCCACGGGCACGCCGCCUUACUAAAGAGAUGCUGCUGUACUGGAAGAAGUAUGAGAAGGUGGAGAAGGAGCAUCGUAAGCGUGCUGAGAAAGAGGCUCUCGAGCAACGAAAACUGGACGAGGAGAUGCGAGAGGCUAAGCGGCAACAGAGAAAGCUGAACUUCCUGAUCACCCAAACGGAGCUGUAUGCUCACUUCAUGGGGGGCAAGCAGAAUGCAGCAGGGGGCAAUAACAUGCAAGACGAUAUCCUACGCAAGCUUGAAGACAACACCUCCCAGCGACAGAUAGAUAUUGGUGGAGGGGUUGUGGUCAAUGUUGGUCAGGAGGACUAUGAUAGUGAAUAUUAUAAGUCUCAGGCCCUAAAGAAUGCAAAGGAGGCAUACCACAUCCACCAAGCCAGGACCAGACUGUUUGACGAGGAAGCAAAGGACAGUCGCUGUGCCUCUCUGCAUGUGGCUAGUGUGUCCGGCUCAGGCUUUGGUGAGAGCUACAGCUUAUCAAACCCAUCUAUUCAAGCAGGUGAAGACAUUCCCCAGCCCACCAUGUUUAAUGGGAAACUCAAGGGCUACCAGCUCAAAGGCAUGAACUGGCUGGCCAAUCUGUAUGAACAGGGCAUUAAUGGCAUUCUGGCAGAUGAGAUGGGACUUGGAAAGACGGUUCAGAGCAUUGCUUUGCUGGCUCAUCUGGCAGAGAGGGAAAACAUCUGGGGGCCGUUCCUGAUCAUAUCCCCAGCUUCGACGCUCAACAACUGGCAUCAGGAGUUCUCUCGCUUUGUCCCCAAAUUCAAGGUGCUACCAUACUGGGGAAACCCUCAUGAUCGUAAAGUUAUUAGAAAGUUUUGGAGCCAGAAAACUCUGUAUACCCAGAAUGCACCAUUUCAUGUGGUGAUUACGAGUUAUCAGCUGGUGGUGCAGGAUGUGAAGUAUUUCCAGAGGGUGAAAUGGCAGUAUAUGGUUCUGGAUGAGGCCCAGGCGCUGAAAAGCAGCACCAGUGUCCGGUGGAAGAUUCUUCUACAGUUCCAGUGCAGAAACCGCCUCUUGCUAACAGGGACACCAAUCCAGAACACAAUGGCUGAAUUGUGGGCCCUGCUUCACUUCAUCAUGCCGACUCUUUUUGACUCUCAUGAGGAGUUUAACGAGUGGUUCUCCAAGGAUAUCGAGAGCCAUGCUGAGAACAAAUCUGCUAUUGAUGAAAACCAGCUUUCCAGAUUGCACAUGAUCUUGAAACCUUUUAUGCUGCGCAGGAUAAAGAAGGAUGUAGAGAAUGAGCUCUCUGACAAGAUUGAAAUCCUGACAUACUGCCAGCUGACCAGUAGGCAAAGGCUGCUGUACCAGGCUCUGAAGAACAAGAUAUCCAUCGAGGACCUGCUGCAAUCAUCAAUGGGCACAGCCCAGCAGGCCCACAGCACCACCAGCAGCCUCAUGAACCUUGUCAUGCAGUUCAGGAAGGUUUGUAACCAUCCAGAUCUGUUUGAGCGUCAGGAGAUACGCUCGCCUUUCCACAUGUCCCUGAAGCCCUUCAUCAUGUCCAAGUUCCUGUUUCGACAUGGCCUCCUCUACACUUCUGACAAAAAGACCAAAUUGAAGCAGACUCUGCUUUCCCCUUUCUCUGCACACCACAUUCAACAAUCCUUGUUUCAUAGAAAAGCUGACGAUGAAAGCAGUAGCUUUUCUUUCUUGCGGUUCAUCGAUGUGUCUCCUGCUGAGAUGUCCAACAUCAUGCUUCAAGGGACUCUUGUGAGGUGGUUAGCUCUUUAUCUGUCCUUCAAGUCAGCCUACCGGCUCCACCACCAGCGCCUGUGGGAUGAGGUGGAGCAGGAGAACCAGGCUGAAGGGAGAGCCCGGUUAGACAAGCUGUGUCUUUCACACAGAGAUCUCAUCUUGUGGCUCAAUCGACCAACAUCUUUCCCAAAUGUCCACAACAGUGGUGUCCUUCAGGAUUUGGUGUUCACGUCUUCAAGACCAGGGAUGGUCUGUCACACCGACAUGCUGAUCCACAGCAGCAGACGCUCCUCCACUCACAUGUUCAGGCCCUGCCAACCCACUCAGCCACCCAAGUUUUUAUUCACUGUCACACCCAGGGUAACUUCAGUUCCCAUGGAACGCUACUGUGUGGAUCGGAGUGCCGAGUAUGAAUGGAGAUUAAUACGUGAUGGUUGGAGUCUCAUUGCUAAGCAGUGCUUCCUGUAUGGCUCCCCUGAGCUGGCUUGUGCAUGGGCUCAGCGCUCUCAGGCCUUCCUCCCUCAGAGCCCAGGGGGCGUCAUGGCUCUGCAACCAAGACAUGGCUGGUCCUUUAUAAGGAUUCCAGACAAAGAGUCUCUGAUCACAGAGAGUGGGAAGCUUCAUACUCUAGACCUGCUGCUGACUCGACUGAAGUCUCAAGGCCAUCGAGUUCUCAUCUACUCUCAGAUGACCCGCAUGAUCGACCUUUUAGAGGAGUACAUGGUGUACCGUAAGCAUACCUACAUGCGACUGGACGGUUCAUCCAAAAUUUCGGAAAGGCGGGACAUGGUGGCUGACUUUCAGAGCCGGACGGAUAUUUUUGUCUUCCUUCUCAGUACCAGAGCUGGAGGUCUGGGGAUAAACCUGACAGCUGCAGACACGGUGAUCUUCUAUGACAGUGAUUGGAACCCCACAGUUGACCAGCAGGCAAUGGAUAGAGCCCACAGACUGGGGCAAACCAAACAGGUCACAGUCUAUCGGCUCAUUUGCAAGGGCACUAUUGAGGAACGCAUCCUACAGAGGGCCAAAGAAAAGAGUGAAAUUCAGAGGAUGGUAAUAUCAGGAGGAAACUUUAAACCUGACACCCUGAAGCCCAAAGAGGUGGUCAGCCUGCUGCUGGAUGACGAGGAGCUGGAGAAAAAAUUGCGUUUACGGCAGGAAGAGAAGUGGCAGCUGGAGGAGAGCAGUAAGGUGAAGGAGCGGAAGAGGAAGAGGGAGAAGUAUGCAGAAAGAAGGAGAAAGGAUGAUGAUAACCCAGACAUGAAAAAGAAGAAGGAGGGUGUGAAUGUGGUCAUCCCUUAUGCUCCAUCAGCAGACAACUCUAACCUGUCAGCGGAUGGGGAAGACUCGUUCAUCAGUGUUGACAUGGACUCUGCCAUGCCCAGCCCCUUCAGUGAGAUCUCUUUGAGCAGUGAACUCCAGCCCAGCUCCAUUCCUGCAGACGAGAGUAGCAGUGACAUGCUGGUAAUCGUGGACGAACCCAUGUCUUCUGCUCCACAGUCCCGUGCCACCAACUCUCCCGCCUCCAUCGCCGGAUCUGUAUCCGACACGAUGAACGGUGUCUCUUCCCAAGAUAUGUCCAGUCCAGGCAGGGGAAGGUCUGGUCGGAGUCGAGGACGACCCAAAGGCUCUGCAGGAGCCGGGAAGUCUUCUAUCAGGAAGGGCAGAGGACGAAAGACGAUAACGGGGAGUGCUGCAGCCAUGGCAGGGGCGAUGGCAGGGGCAGCAGCUGCAUCUGCAGCUGCAUAUGCUGCGUAUGGCUACAGUGUUUCCAAAGGUAUUCCAGCAACUGGCUCCUUACAACCUACUCUCAUUCAUUCUUCAACCACACCUGCCUUUGUUCCAGCUGUCAACCCUUCCCCCCAGGCUAAAAGAAGCGCUAUGACCACCAACUCACAGACAUUAGCACAUGGCAGUUCAGAAAGCCAUCAUAACCCUACUAAGAGAGGCAAAGGACCAAGCAACAACAGUGGCCGGUAGCAGACUGUGUAGAGUUUUUUUUUUAUUGUAUCAUGGCCAGUACAUUUUCAAUCCCAGGGUGACAGUUUUCAUAUACAUUAUGUCAAUCCGCUAUCGAACCAUAAGCCCUUUUGUCACUGUGAAACCCAACCUAAUCUCAAAAUGCAGAUUGUAUCCAUUCUGGUGACAUGUCCUUAAAUCAAAGGUUGGGAUUUCUAUCCAUUUGAAUUCAAAACAAGUCAUUUUCCCCCACUUAUUUGAUUGUUUUCAAAAUGAAUUUGAGCCAUUAUAAAGGUGACUGAAGAGUGUAGUUACAAUGACAUCUUUUCUUUGUCUUCUGAUGACCAAGUAACCAAAGGGUGGCAGGGCUAAAUGAGGGAUCCAUGAGAUUCUGUUCUUCAUUAAUGGUUGGAUAUAUUUUUCUUGCAUUCAUCAUGUUUGGCAUCAUUAUGAGCAGAGAUUGAGUUUAAAUGGAAAGAUGUGGGGGGGUGUUGAUGAUAAUCAAACACAGUCUUGAACAAAGUCUUUACCUUGAACAUACUGUAUAUGAACAGAUAAGACAGCUUUUGUAAGACUGCUCAUAUUUUUGUAGAAUGGACUUGGACAUUAUUGUAAUAUCAGUUUGAACAAUUUGAAUACCGAAUGGCCUUCUCUUUCUAUGUUUAUUUGCUGCAAAUUCAAAGAUUUUGGCUUAAAUACUAAUAUAUUUUCUCUUGGGAAGAGUAAAAGAAAUCAACGUGUUUUGUAGUAAAUGCAAUGAAACGUAAGUGGUGAGUGCUGCUCCAAAAACACAUCACUACUCCGAUUGAGUCCGAUGUGACUUAAAAUACUUGGAUGUGAACUGUAUCAUAGCUUAAGUUAAAACUUGGUAAUUUAUGAUUUGUGCUAGUUGUAUAUUCUGUUGAAGCCGUUUUGUUUUUAAAUAACAUAAAACAUUCAUACUUUUGUUGCAUCUGUGAUAUAUGGCUGUUUUUUUUUUUUUCUCAGAAAAGGCAAUUUCUGAUUUAUUUUGUCUUUAAGUGUGAUAAUAGAUGUUUCACGUAUGUAAAUACCAAAGGGUGUUGUCCCUUUCAAAGUUCUCCAUUUUCCCAAACUGCUGGUCUAUUUUUAUAAGUCUGUGUGAAUGAGAAGAAACCCAAAUGGUCCCUUUACUGAUUUGGACUAAAAAAAAAAAAAAAAUAUAUAUAUUUCAAAGUUUCUUUGUGGAAUACUGUGAUUUAAAAAUGUGUAAAUUUGACAUUGACAAUCAGCUAAUGAAGCACUAGGAUGGGAUUAACUUUGAUACAGCCUAAUAAUGGCAGACUAGAUUUACACCGAUUUCAACCUUGUUUCUUAGAAAACAACACCGAAUCAGACAGAUCCUUAAAAGGUUUUAAUGUGCAAAAGGAGAAAAUUUUAAUGGCUUAACAGCAUACUUUAGUGCAAAUAAAAUUGACAAGUGUACUGACACACUAAUGAGGUUUCGUGGCCACAAAAAAAAAAAAAAAAAAAAACUUUGGCAAUACAUUACCACAAGCAUGCAUUUGUACAGUUGUACUACAGUAU